ACCAAAGCACAUAUAUUUCAGUGAAGAGGCUGAAGCGUUCUCAGCCGGCUCCGUUGGGAAAGCUCCACAUCUACCUGCUCCUUUCAUGCAAGGGAACACGCGCUUUCGCAAGCAUUCUAGACUACAGUCGAGCUAAAAUUAGGAAAAGUAGAGACAACCGAGGACAAAUGAAUGACGGAGUGACCGUUUUAUUUUGAUUGUACGUUUUCUGUUAUUGUUCAUUCGUUUUUUCACACCACUUUCAUAAGCAAGCCCUAAUUGUUGGUUUGGCUCGAAUGAGUUAGGUUCACCACAGAGUUGAUGUACAAAGCGGUAGGACGGAGCAAGAGGAUGUCUGACCGGGGAUAAAUGUCAAGCCUUGACUAACCUCGUGAAGUGAUUCAACACUAAAACUGAACGACUAAGAAGGAUUUAUGGCAAGAUACAACUUAUGGAUUUGAUUUCUUCUGCAGUUUUUAACCGUACAUCGGGGCUUUGUUCAAUGUGCUGGCAAUUGUUACAAAACGCUGAAACAACCAUGAGCGAUAUGCUGCUUUUUAGUACCUCGGCGCGCUGGAGGAUCUGAUUUCCACGAUGUCGGGGGUCGACGGUUUGAUUGCUCGUUUUGGAAAAUGAUUACUGUGAACACAGACGGUAAAAUAAUGGUGAGAAGAUGCCUUGUGACGUUCAAACCGUUCAGGAUUUUCGUGGUUGGGAUCGGCUUCUUCAGCCUGUGCUUCCUAAUGACGUCCCUGGGGGGGCAGUUCUCCGCCAAGCGACUGGGGGACUCUCCCUUCACCAUCCGAACAGAAGUGCUGGGGGGGCUGGAGUCCCGUGGGGUCCUGCGUAAGAUCAGCGACAUGCUGGAGGUGAUCCUGAAGAGGAUCGACACCCUGUCCAAGCUGGGCAACGCCAGCGACUCGCGCAGACUGGAGGAGCUCAGCUCUGCCAUCGACAGGUUUCAGCCGGCGGGGCUAGUGGAGAGGAUCCAGGCCAUUGCCCAGAACGUUUCCAAUAUGGCAGUGCGGGUGGAGCAGAUCCUGCAGCACAGUAUGGCCGCUGGCAGAGUGGUUAGAGAUGGUUCAUCAGGUCAGUGCGAGGUUCCUAAGGAUCCCCGAUAUCCAGACUGCCCCAGCAAAGUGGAUUGGAUGCGGGCCCGCUGGACUUCUGACCCAUGUUAUGCCUUCUAUGGUGUGGAUGGCUCAGACUGCUCAUUCCUCGUCUACCUGAGUGAAGUGGAGUGGUUCUGCCCUCCACUGGCCUGGAGGAACAACACCAAACCGCCCACCCAAAAGACCUUCAGCAAGAGACAAGCGGCCUUCCGCACGGACAUCGGCUCCCUCCUGGAGCAGGUGGGCACGGGCAAGGAGUCGCUGAGCUUCAUGAAGAGACGCAUUCGCAGGCUGGCCUCGCAGUGGGGCACGGCCGCCCACCGGCUGGACCGCAAGCUGCACAGGCGCUGGAGGGAGCAGAAGAAGGUCUUGGUCCACGUGGGCUUCCUGACGGAGGAGUCCGGGGACGUGUUCAGUCCCAAGGUGCUGAAGGGGGGUCCGCUGGGGGAGAUGGUGCAGUGGGCCGACAUUCUGACCGCCCUCUACGUCCUGGGACACAACCUCAAGAUCUCCUUCUCUGUGAAGGAGCUGCAGGGGUUUCUCGGCGUGCCCCCUGGGAGAGGUAGCUGCCCCCUGACUGGACCUUUGCCCUUUGACCUGAUCUACACAGACUACCACGGGCUGCAACAGAUGAAGCAGCACAUGGGCCUCUCUUUGAAGAAGCACAAGUGUCACAUGCGAGUCAUCGACACGUUUGGCACGGAGCCGGCCUACAACCAUGAGGAAUACGCCACACUACACGGCUACAGGACCAACUGGGGCUACUGGAACCUCAAUUCCCGGCAGUACAUGACCAUGUUUCCUCACACGCCAGACAACUCCUUCAUGGGCUUUGUGUCAGAGGAGCUGAACGCCACGGAGAAGCUGAGCAUCCAGAGGAACAAGGUCAACAACAUGGCCGUGGUGUACGGCAAAGAGGCCAGCAUGUGGAAGGGCAAGGAGAGCUUCCUGCAGAUCCUGCACCGCUACAUGGAGAUCCACGGCACGGUGUACUACGAGACGCAGCGCCCCCCGGAGGUGCCCGCCUUCGUGAAGAACCAUGGCCUGCUGCCCCAGCAGGAGCUCCAGCAGCUCCUCCGCAAGGCCAAGCUCUUCAUUGGGUUUGGCUUCCCCUAUGAGGGCCCAGCGCCUUUGGAGGCCAUAGCCAAUGGGUGCGUGUUCCUGCAGCCGAAGUUCCACCCUCCACACAGCUCGCUCAAUCACGAGUUCUUCAGAGGGAAGCCAACUUCCAGAGAGGUUUCGUCUCAACACCCCUAUGCUGAGCAGUACAUCGGGAGGCCCCAUGUCAUGACCGUGGACUUCAACAACUCCCAGGAGUUCGACUCCGCCGUCCGCGAGAUCAUGAGGACCCAGGUGGAGCCCUACCUGCCCUAUGAGUACACCUGUGAGGGGAUGCUGGAGAGAGUGCAUGCCUAUAUUCAGCACCAGGACUUCUGUGUCCCUGAAACUCCAUUUCCGCCCGCCAACAUCUCGAAGGUGUGGCCGGGAGGCCCCUGGGGGCCCUUCGUCAUCCUGCCCAACUCCACGGGCCUGGGCUGGGCCCCUAACGCCAGCGCGCCCCCCUCCUGGCCCCCGCUCAGCGCCCUGCAGCUGCUGGUGUCAGAGGAGGGCCAGUCCUGUGUGGAGGCGUGUCAGCAUGGGGGCCUGGUCUGUGACCCCGCCUUCUUCCGCUACAUCAACAACAAGGAGGCGCUCAGCCGGUUGGAGGUGCAGUGCGAGGGCGUGGAAGCGGAGAUGAACCACGUCUUCCCCGCCUUCUCCGUGGUGCAGCGGGAGUGUGGUCUGCAGAAGGAGCCCCUGCUCUUCAGCUGUGCUGGCUUCAGCGCCAAGUACCGCCGCCUCUGCCCCUGCAGGGACUUCCGCAAGGGCCAGGUGGCGCUGUGCAGGGACUGCUUAUGAUGAGACCCCCACCCCACCCUACCCCAAAACCCUGACCCUGACCCUGCCUCCCAGUUCAAGCACCAUGUCCAGCCAGAAGAGAGGGGAAUCUGAUGGCCUGGCUGGGUCACAGUUUUGGGCCUAAAUUAGCAGCCAGGGUGGUGUCACUAGAGGUGGACUGGAGGAGCUCUGUCUGUUACAUCAUUUCCUUCAGCGAGUGGGUAAGGUCAACAAGGAAAGGAAAUGAUUCUUUGACGAGCGUAAGAGUUUCAAGCCUUGAACCCAGGCCCUGCAUCAGCUAGCUUAGAUGCUGCCUUCACCUGCGCGUGGCUCCCAAGGGCAGAGAAGAAUCCUCCAUGCCCCCAAAAACUCACACUUCAGUCACUCGUCAUCCAAGUGUGAUUUUCUUUUUCGUGUGAUUCCUCUCACCACGACUAUUAAUCAGAAGCGCCAAAACACUGGAGGGGCAGGGCCGUGGACUGGCUGUGUCUCAUCUGGGCACCAAAGUGUAAGGAUCAGCGUUGUUGUGAAGUGAAGGAUGUGUUAGCAGUGCAUGAGUGGAGAUUAAUACAGAGUGUUUCCACUUCGCAAAGAGGACCCUGGAACUCCACGCCUUGCUCUCGCCCCAUCUCACAAGGCUGACCUGGGAGAUAUCCAGCCGAAGUCAGAGAAAAUGAUAUUUUUCACUAAGGGAGCUGUUGAGCGCUGCUCAGAUUUGGACUGAAGAUUUUUAAAAAUCUGGAUUUGUAAAGUUAAUAUAAAAUAAAAAGAAUAUUAAAACAAAGAUCAAAAAAAGUAUUAAUUUAUCAU